UCUUUAAGAUAACACAGGAAUUGUGCACAAGACAGCUGUAAACUUCAGAAAUAUAAGUAUUAUUAGUUUAGAGCAGGACUAAAGAGAAAGGGGGAUUGGGUCUACCAGAUGUCAAGAGAUACUAUAAAGCAGUGGUUUUAGCAAGAAUAUAUGACUGGACAUUUAACCAUAAGGGGAAAAGUUGGGUAACAAUUGAAAAUGAUCUUAGUGGCAUUAGAUUGAACCAGAUGAUAUGGGUUCCACCACAGUUCAGGGGAAUCAAAGAAAGCACAAGUACCUACACUUUAAAUGUUCUUAGGGUAUGGGACAAUUUACACAAAAACAUGAAAUGGGAAUUUAAUUCUAUACUAAUGCCUCUCACAGAUACUGAUUAUUUUCCUCCGGGAAAAAAUAAGAUAUCAGGGAGAUGGUUUAGAAAGGAGGAUACCCAACUGAGAGAGGUUUUGGUGGAGGGGGAAUUGAGACCACUUAAAGAUUUAAUAGAGAAGAAGGGAGAUAUUUUUAUUAGAAUAGAUGAGUGGAAAUAUCAUCAAUUGAAAUGUUUCAUUGGAAAUCUACCGAAACCCCUGAGA